AUGGAGCCGUCUCAGAUGCAAGAACAUCAUCCGCCACCCGGACCGGUGGCCGCUGAGGAGGCCUUGCGAUGCGAAACCUUGAAUCUUUUUCGCUCUCAACUGCACCAGCUGUCUCGACACAAAGAUCGGCUAAUGCCGAAACCUGAUGGAUCUUUCCCUGGAGACUGGCUUCGCCUUGCCUGGGAGUACCAGUCUCUCGCGGAGCAGAUGAUGCGGUCUCAGCGCUGGCCCGGCGACUACCCUGAAGGUCUCCUCGCCUGCGUUACCGAGCAAGUCAAGUAUCUCCGGCGGAGACUGGGGAAUUUUUCGUCGAUUCCGGACGAAGAGAAGAAGGACAAGUUCCGUCGGGUGUACGUUUUGGCAGCUCUGGGAAUCAUCGCGAAGCUGAAAUUGGUGACUUUUUGUUGGACCUUCGUCGAACUGAAGCGCGGCGAACAGUACGCAGCCUACGCCUCCAGCCAGGCCGUCGCCGGUCUACGAGCGCCUGGGACUCUCGGACCUGACCGCGACUUGGGCUUCAACGCCCUCCCCGCGUUUUCGAGUGCAUGCACGCCUGGCUGCAACACUGAGGCCUGUCCUCACAAGCGCGGAGACGCAGGCGUUGGCGAAAGCCUCCUCGACGGCGUUCAGGGUGCGAGUCUGUUGAUGGGGGGGGGCGGUCUGAUGCUGCCUGGCGCGAACGCAGGCCUCGGCCUGGGAGGUCCUGGGUCUCUGGGGAUCUACGACCAACAGCUUCCACCAGGCGUCUCUCUGGAAGACUUGGAACGCACGGAGUACACGACGAGGUCCGGGAGGAAAACGCACAGGACGGCAAUGCGGCCAGAAAAGAGUUGAGAAGCGGACUGUGGCGCGGAAAAUCACAGUCUGGCAUGCGGACGAGCCCUUGGGAGACGCGCAGUCGAGACGGUCACAGGAGACGGACAAAGAAUGCCCGACCACGGACGGACGCACUGCAUCCGAAAGGGACUGGAACCUGUCUUUUCUCAGAUCGAGAGACGUCGUCGCUGGAUCUUGAGGAGAGAAGCUGCUCCAGGUUAUCGUUGCGUUUUUCGUGCAGCGAGAGGGGGGCUGGGGAAUUCACAGGGAUGGACGCGUUGAUGGUGCAGAAGAGAGUUGGAGAGAGAAGAGAGUCGGAGAGAGACGAGAGUCGGAGAGAGAAGAGCGUCGGAGAGAGAAGAGAGUCGGAGAGAGAAGAGAGUCGGAGAGAGAAGAGAGUCGGAGAGAGACGAGAGUCGGAGAGAGAAGAGAGUCGGAGAGAGACGAGAGUC